AUGAACGACAUCCGGUUGCUGAAGGAUCAACAGCGCGAAAAACAUCCAGGCUUUGAUUCGUACAUCGAGUGUAUGAGCCGGUCGUUGUUUACGGGUUUGGCGACGUUUUCACUUGGAUUCGCCGGCAUCUACUUUCUGCAGCAGAUCGGACAACGCUAUCUGCCGUACACGAAGAAAGGCAACAUACUGGUGGCAACGCUUGUCGCAACCGGUGCUGCGUACAAGGUGACCUCGGACCGUACCCGUGCCUGUCAGGCACGGUGGAUGGCCGUAGAAGAAAAGUACAGCGUACUGCAGGAAGCACUCGAACCGGGCGCCAUAUCAAACGAGACGACAAUUUAG